AUGGGUGCCGCAAUCCCGUCGGACAGCCGAUCGCCUGCGCCUAAACUGACUUUUGAGUACAUCGUGGUGGGAGGCGGUACCGCCGGUAACGUGGUGGCCACCCGACUGGCGCAGCGUGGCUUCCGAGUCGCCCUGGUCGAAGCUGGGGGUCUUUACCAAGCCCAGUCCCUAGAGGCUAUCCCAGCAGCCGCGACCUUGUAUAUCGGAACGAGUCCACAUGUCCGAUCGGCGAUCGACUGGGGAUUCGUGGCCGAGAAUCAAGCAGGGGUCAAUGGACGAUCCCUCCACUAUGCACGGGGGAAAUGUCUCGGGGGAUCGUCUGCGAUGAAUUUGAUGAUAUACCAGCGACCCUCACGAGGCGCCAUGGAGCAAUGGGCCAGUGCCGUCAAUGAUAGUAGCUAUACAUUCGAUCAGGUAUUGCCAUACUUCAAGCGCAGCGUCCAUUUCACGCCGCCCAAUACCAGGAAGCGACUGCGCAACGCCACCACCAGCUACGACCCGGACGGGUAUGACGCUCAUGGCGGACCACUGGAGGUCUCGUACCCAAACUACGCGUCUCCCUUCUCCACGUGGGCACAACGGGGCUUUGGCGCAAUCGGAAUUCAGCACACGCAGGACUUCAACACUGGGACGAAUAUGGGAGGUCAGUUCUGCAGUAUGACAUUGAAUGCACAAUGGCAAACCCGCAGUAGCUCCCAGGCGUCGUUCUUGGCGACUCUCCACUCCUUCUCGCUGACGGUGUACUCUAACAUUUUGGCCAAACGGGUGGUGUUCGACCGCGAUAACCGAGCCACUGGGGUGGUCGUCCAGGGUCUGUUGGGGAAGCCCUUUACUCUGCAGGCCACCCGCGAGGUGAUCCUGUCUGCGGGGGCUUUUCAGUCGCCACAGCUGCUCAUGGUGUCCGGCAUUGGACCCGCCGCAACUCUCCAGGCCCAUGGGAUAGGACUGCGUGUCGAUCUCCCCGGGGUUGGGCAGAACAUGUGGGAUCACAUCUACCUGACAGUCAACUACCGGGUGAGGGUCAGCACGAUCAACACGAUUCUCAACAAUCUGGUGGCGCUCGUCAGGGAGGCACUCAAGUGGGCGUUUUACCAGGUCGGCAUGCUCACCAACCAGAACAGCGACUACAUUGCUUUUGAGAACCUUCCCGACAGUGUGCGGGGUGGACUAUCGAACCGGACGCGAGAGGAUUUGACGGAGCAGUUUGCCCCCGACUGGCCCGAGGCCGAGUAUCUCACCGGUUCCGGGUUUAUCGGGGAUAGUGCGGAUUUCUUCCUGAACCAACCCAGAGACGGACACAAUUACGCCGGCAUCCUGGGCACACUCCUGACCCCCUUCUCACGCGGCAAUGUGACGUUGCGAUCGGCCGACACUGCCGACUUGCCGGAGAUCAACCCCAACUGGCUGGCAGACCCCGCGGACCAGGAGCUGGCCGUGGCGAUCUUCAAGCGCACGCGCCAGUUUUUUGAGAGUGAACCCAUGGCGGGCGUCUUGGACGGCGAGGAGUACUAUCCGGGGAGUGACGUCCAGUCAGAUGAGGAGAUCCUGGAGUACAUCCGGAACACGAUGAGCCCAAUCUGGCAUGCGUCCUGCACGUGCAAGAUGGGCGUGUCGAGCGAUCCAAUGGCCGUGGUAGAUCAUGAGGCGCGUGUGUUUGGGGUGCAGGGGUUGCGCGUGGUCGAUGCCAGUGCGUUUCCCAUGCUGCCCCCGGGACAUCCGUCGUCGGUUGUUUAUAUGUUGGCGGAGAAGAUUUCCGAUGCGAUCAUUCAGAGUCGGAGAUGA